UGGGUGUAUUUUGCGAAUGUCAAUCUUGAUAUUUCUGGAUGAUGAGAGAACUACGACAGACAGUUGGCUAGAGAUAAAAAAUUCAAUAGAAAUACCUUCGGCAAAACGCAUAUGUAUUUCACGAUGGAACAAGGAGGAAAAACGUUCCACGGGGAUGUGCCGAUUGGGGGGUCGAACGCGAUCAGGCUGCCCAAGAAGGGGAAGGAGAGCCAAACGAUGAAGAGAAGGGGCAACGUUCUAACGAGAGUAGAAGGAGGAGAAAGGAAAAGCGAGAGCAACGACGAUACGAGUGACAAUUCUGAGGUGUAUCGCUUGCAAAAGACUCGAGCGAGGUGGCAUAAGAGGAGGAUCAGUAUAUUUGCACGAGGAGAAAGUUUCCAAGUUGUUAAUGUUGACUUUGUGAAUCAAACGACAAACGACAAACGACAAACGCGAUGGUGGAAGUUUUAUUGGAGUCGUGCGGUCAAGACGUGGCAGUGCCGGAAAACGGUUGCAGUCUAAGCGAAAGUCCAACGGAAUGUACACCACGACAGGAACGCGAUUGCAAUUUGACUUCGGAAGAGCCGAAUCUUACUCCGAUUCAAAAGUUUUACAACGGACAAAGUAUCUUCGUCACUGGUGGUACGGGAUUUAUGGGUAAACUAUUAAUCGAGAAACUUCUUCGAGAGUGUUCCGGGAUCUCGGUGAUUUAUAUAUUGGUACGUCCGAAGAAAGGAAAAGACGUGCAUCAACGUGUCGAGGAACUGUUCGAUGAUCCGGUGUUUAGCCGACUGAAAGAAAAACGACCAAAGUUUAGACAUCAAACUGUUGCAAUCGCCGGAGACUGUAGCUUGCCUGGCUUAGGAAUCUCUUCGACUGACAGAGCUAUAAUAACGCGCGAAGUUUCGAUUGUUUUCCAUGUCGCGGCAACCGUUAGAUUCGAUGAAAAGAUGAAUCUCGCUGUGCCCAUCAAUGUUCGGAGUCUUAAGGAUGUGAUCGGUCUUUGCAAGGAAAUCUCUGGUUUCAAGUCGUUCGUACACGUAUCGACGGCAUACGCCAAUUGUCCGCUCACGUUGAUCGAAGAAAAAAUCUAUGAUCCACCGAUGGAAGCCGAAAAAUUGAUAGCUUUGGUGGAAUGCGUGGACGAGAAGUUGAUCCAAGAGAUAACACCCCGGUUGUUGGGUGUCUGGCCGAAUACGUAUACUUUCACGAAAGCAGUAGCGGAAAGUAUCGUGCAAAAGGAAGCGUAUGACUUGCCCGUUGGAAUAUUUCGACCCGGGAUCGUGAUAUCAACGUUCCGAGAACCGUUGCGAGGAUGGAUCGACAAUAUGUACGGGCCAACUGGUGUCGUAGCUGGAGCAGGUUCUGGACUCCUUCGAUCGAUCCAUUGCGACGGUUCUAGAAUAGCUAACGUCGUGCCGGGGGAUUUAACGAUAAACGGCCUAAUAGCCAGUGCUUGGGACGUAGCAAAUCGUCACAGAUCCAGGACUGAUAAAGGAGAAAGGACAAACGAUAUUCCAGUUUACAAUUACGUUUCUCAAGACAAUCCGAUUACAUACGAUCAAUUAAAGUUGUUAUCCGAAAAGUACGGACUGGAAUUUCCUACUGGAAAAGCAAUAUGGUAUUACAGCUUUCGCAACACCAGGCAUAAAAUAAUCCAUUCCUUCUACAUCUAUUUUCUGCAUCUACUUCCGGCUCUGCUGAUCGACAGCGUCACGCUUUGCUUAGGCAAACAACCCAGGAUGCUCAAAAUCUAUAAAAAGAUACACAAAUUUAUGGACGUGUUGAAUUAUUUCUCAAUGAAAGAGUGGACAUUUUCAAAUGAGACUCUCAAGACGCUUAUCAGCAAAAUGAGUCUCGAGGAUCUCGAUAAUUUUGCUUGCGACAUAACUAAGGUCGAUUGGGAUCAAUAUUUUCGAACGUAUGUGCGAGGAAUUCGUAUCUAUUUGAUCAAGGAUCCACUGGACACCCUUCCCCAAGCACGCGUUAGAUGGCAAAGACUGUAUUGGAUUCAUCAAGCGCUGAAAGUGAUUCUUGCUUACGGUCUUCUGAGAAUAUGUUGGCUAACCGUGUCUCACCUUUCUCGAUUUUGUACAUGGCAGUUUGCGUAGCAUCUUAAUAGAAAUACGUACAAUUAUGCACACGUGCGUGCGCGGCCGUGUGCCUAGGCGCAAGUACACACCUGCCUACUUAGCGUCGAGUAAAGUCACCGCAUCGAACGAAAUCGGUCGCGCCGAUCGAACAAAUUUCCUGAUGCUCUUCUGCGGUUAGUCUAUCGACUGCGCUUUCAACGCAGGUGUCUGAAACUAAGGAAGGAGAAGAAGAGAAAGGGGAGAAAGGAAAGAAAGCGCGGGACCGAGUCGAUAAAAGUGUUGGUAGUCGUUUAAACGUGUUACAUUUUCUCUUAUUUAUUGAGCGUGGUUGGGAUAACUUCAAAUUAAACAGAACGACGCAC